AUGCCACCUAUAGCGAAAAGCCACUUUCGGUUUUCUGACCAAGAGAUGGGAACGCUACCCUACGUUGCAGUUGAGAAUCAGAACAAUCCGAGCCGCCCAGGAAAGUCGUACGACAAAUUAGAUUUACUGAGGCUUACGUAGGUAAAGAGGCUGCGCUCAAUGGCGUCGAAGGCGUGCUUGAUGGGAUGCCCAAAGACGACAUGUUGGAGGACCAAUGUUUGUUUGAUGAUGAAUGAUCUUGAUAGCAAGUACAAGAAGAGCCAUGAUGGUAAAUCGAGGCCUGCGGUCAGGACGUUUUCGAUCAUCCAACGGAGGACGUAUCCUUCCAAACCGAAACGACCAUUUGGCGUAUGGUGGAAGUGCGUAUGGGAAGACGGUAGAAUGGUUGGCUGGUGGCUAGUCUAUCACUUUGACCUCGAAGCUGAAUGUGGUGAGGGUCAUGACUACGGAGACUCUGAUCGCAGCCUUCGUGAGAGGUUUUGGUCUGUUGAGAAGGGAUGUUCUGGCCGGUAGGGAUCUCUUUGGAACGGCGAUGGCUUAGGUUGGGUGAUCUACCAUCACAGAUUCGAUUAAUACAUAA